UUCAAAAACGUUUAACGCAAUGUUAUCUAAACUAAAUAAAGGAACACCUUACUUGGAGAAUAUUAUAAGAUCGAUAACUAAUAAAGAUGUCAUACCUGAUACACAUGAAGAUACCGCUAAGAAAAGACCAUAUUCGCCAUUUGGAAAAACAUAUAAAAAUACAAAAUUAGUAGAAUAUGCUUUAGUAAGAACUGAUGAUUUAAUUAAUUGGGCUCGUAAGGGCUCAAUAUGGCCAAUGACAUUCGGUUUGGCAUGUUGUGCUGUAGAAAUGAUGCAAUAUGCUGCUCCUCGAUAUGAUAUGGAUCGGUUUGGCACUGUUUUUCGAGCAUCGCCCAGACAAACAGAUAUGCUAAUUAUAGCUGGUACAGUUACAAAUAAAUUUGCAACAGUGUUAAGAAAAGUGUACGAUCAAAUGCCCGAUAAUAAGUGGGUAAUUUCAAUGGGUAGUUGUGCGAAUGGUGGGGGAUAUUAUCACUAUUCUUAUUCAGUUGUCAGGGGGUGCGAUCGUAUUAUACCCGUUGAUCUUUAUGUACCUGGAUGCCCGCCAAGUGCUGAAGCAUUAUUGUAUGCAGUUUUAUUGCUACAAAAGAAAAUUAAACGAUCUAGUACAUUACAAAUGUGGUAUAGAAAAUAA